UUGGUACAGCCGAGGCUGAUUUCAUUGCCCUCCUUUCAGCCCACAUUCAAUCAAACCGAUUGUUCUGAGAGCGUCACACGUCCGUCGCCCUCGCCUCUGCCUUCGCCGUCGCCGCCGUUCCUCCUCGACCGCGCUUCACCGUCCCGCAUUGCGCAGAUGGGUUCCGCAGCGCGUGUAUCGGCGGCGGUGCUGAGCUGCGUGAUGUUGCUGCUGUGCUGCAGCAACAUGGCCAUGGCUGCCGUCAUCCAGCCCAAACAAGUGACUAUUCUGCAGGAGUGCCAGAAGGCAUGGGGGCAGACAUUCGCGGGAUGGGCGCCGGGGGCCAACUGUGCGACGGCGGCGAAGAUCACGUGCGACGCCGCGGGAUACGUGACGUCCAUGAACAUGUCGGGAUUGGUGCUGACGGGCAGCCUUCCCAACAGCCUCUUCAUGCUUGACAAGCUCACCAUGCUCGACUUCACGUACAACCGUCUGACGGGCGGCAUCCCCAUCACCGUGGGCAUCGCCAACAAGCUGCAGUGGAUGAGUCUCUCGCGCAACAACUUCGACGGCAUGGUGCCGCUGCUCAACACCCUUGCGCAGCUCUCCUACCUGGAUCUGAGCACCAACGGGUUCAUUGGCGAGCUCUCCAGCCUGCCUCCUGCGCUCGCUUACUUCAACGUGCAGUACAACCAGUUCACGGGCUCCAUCCCUGCCGCCCUCGCCACCCUCACCAAGCUCACCUACCUCAACUUGAAGUCCAACCAGUUCUCCGGUGCCCUCCCACUGGCUCUAGGGAAGCUCGCCAACCUGCAGACUCUCAACAUUGGCACCAACGCCCUCACUGGCCCCAUUCCUGUGGGCAUCUCUGGCCUCGCCAAGCUCACCUCCCUGGACCUGAGUUACAACAAGCUCAGCGGACCUCUUCCAUCUAGCCUUGGCGCUCUUCCUGUGAUCCAGGCCAUCACACUCAACGAGAACGACUUAACGGGUGCCAUCCCGCCCGCGCUUUUCACGCUCACCCAAGUCACCAACUUGGGCCUCAAGGCCAAUGCGCUCACCGGCAGCAUUCCCGCCAGCGUUGGCUCCCUCGCAUCGCUUGUCUACAUGGACCUGAGUGAGAACUCCCUCACGGGAACACUGCCAGCGGCCAUGGGCAAGCUCGCCAAGCUCGUGGAAUUCAACGUGAACUCCACGGGUCCGACCAAGGUGCUGUGUGCGGCGACCGGCGUGUGCGCCGUGAACCAGGUGGCCUCCUCCGCCUUCUGCCAGAAGUGCACCACCUUCUGCCAAGUCUGCACGCCCCCUGGAAAGAACACCAACUCCCCUCCAACGCCCACUCCUGCGCCAGUCGGUUCUCCUGCUGUUUCUCCUGCGCCUCCUCCUGCCACUGGAACCCCUCCUGCCGCUGCACCGCCUUCUGCCAACUCUCCUGUCGUUUCUCCUGCCCCCACUCCUGCCCCCACUCCUGCCCCCACUCCUGCCCCCACUCCUGCCCCCACUCCUGCCCCCACUCCUGCCCCCACUCCUGCCCCCACUCCUGCCCCCAUUCCUGCCCCCUCUCCUGCCCCCGCUCCUGCCCCCUCCACUCCUGCCCCCACUUCUGAACCCACUCCUUCCCCCACUUCUGCUGCGUCGCCUGCUCCUGCUGCGCCCACCAUCCCCCCAGUUGCCUCUCCCUCCACUCCUGCUCCUUCCUCCACUCCUGCUCCUUCCUCCACUCCUGCUCCUCCCUCCACCCCUGCUCCUUCCCCCACUCCAGUGGCACCAGCUCCCGCUCCUGUCACGGCCUCCCCUCCUGCUCCUGUAGCGCCCUCCCCCCCUGCUCCUGUCACGCCCUCCCCCCCUGCUCCUGUCACGCCCUCCCCCCCUCCUGUCACAGCUUCCCCUCCCCCUCCUCCCAAAGCUGGAGCUAGCUACCGUGCUAGUAUUGGGACUGUGCUGGCCUCCCUCGUGUCGGUGAUGGCACUUCCCCUGCUGCUGUAGAGAGGCUUGUUUCAGGCGUGUGUGUUUUGAAGGAUGCGAUGUCUGGGGGCUUGCCUUGUGCAACCUGGUGGUGGGAAACAUUACUUUGCUUUUCAAUAGUUGCUCGAUGUGGAUAACAUGUGUCGCAUAGAUGAUAAUAGCAAUCCAAGUCAAAGCAUAUGCCUUGUGAAGAUGUGGUGUAUAUGAAA